AUGGAUAUGUUCAAGCAGCAACGGGACAAGUUAGAGCUACAGAUGUCCACCAUCCAGGAUCAGGCACAAUUAAUCGAAGAUCUCAAGACACAAUGCGACCGUGCUCAUGACGAAUCUGUGGGAUUGAAGGCCCUCAAUAAAUUCCUGGAAGACAAGUGGCUACACGCACAAAAGGAGGUCAAGGAGCUCUUGAUCAAACUGGGAAUGAAUAUCAGAGAUUCUGUGCCCGGACAGAAGGACAAAACUGGUGAAGGCGGACUUCGCUCGUCGGUAGAGAAGUGA